GUAGCAGGGUUCUCCACUCGCAAGACCAGUCAUCAUCCCCACGGUCCCGCCGUCAGGUUGCUCGCAAGCUGUUCCUCGGCUCCCAUUCAUAAACUCUCUUCUUACACUCACUUUUUUACUACCAGUCGUAGUAGUAAAGAAAUGCAAAUGCUGCCGCUUUGUUUUUUGAAUGAAUGGAAUUGAUAGCGAUAUUGACAAGACGUCGAUGGUGAUGAAUUAAUCGAGGAGGGUAACAUUUUUAUCGGUUUCUCAUUUCUUUGCAUUUUACUCACACCGUUGUUGGAACUACCGAUCUCAUUCUGGAUUUAGCUCGUAAAUUCAGAUUUCUCUAAAUAUUCAUUUUAUUGCAUAUUUGCAAAAGAUUAAUCGGAAAUUUGAAGACCAAAAUUAAAACUGGUUUGGAAAUAAGUUUUGCAAGACCCAUGUCCAAAUAUGGAUUAUACAUCGUUCUCGGAUUUCAUAAAAGUGAUGACCAUUCAGAAUUUGAGAGCUAAAAGUGAUUUCGUAGAACUGUGGACAUAACUAUUAUUAUUGAUAUAUCAGUAUGGUAAAAUUGUUGCCGGAUUACCUGCUCAGCAUCAUAUAGAUCAAUUUAAAAUCUCGCGAAUUUCUUGAAUUGGAUGGAAGCGAAUCCAUAGAUUCUGAAUUUGAAUUUCUUGAUCCAAAGCGACGGGAAAUAUAAACAAUAAAAUAAAAAAUAAAGGAGAAGUAUAAACAUUGUACUAUCUUAUUGUGACGAUGACUCUUGGUGUUCCGUUACAGCAAUGCGGUGCAGCACUAUUGACUCAAGUUAUCCUAUCUCUUAUUGUAGUGAAUUCUCGUGUGACUUGGGGUGCUCGUAACUGGAUGCGGCCCGUUCCUUCCCACGAUCUGCCCGUUCUGGACCUCAUCGAACCCAAAGACAAGCGUUAUGAUCCCAAACCUGAGGAUCUCAGUCCAAAACCUUUAAGAGAACGCCUGGACAGAGAUUUCGAUAAACAAUUCAUGAGUGAAACUCGACCCUUGGAGAGCAUCUUGCAUCCAAACGGAACUGUAGAAUUCAGCUUCAAGAGGACCAAACGCGGCAAAUUAGUGCCAUCUUCGAAAAUGCCCAAGGAAAUCCGGCAUCUUCGUCUGCAUGCUUUGAAGUUGCCGGAUGGUAGUCGAUUCCGGAUGAAAGUUGGUAAAAAAAUGCGCCGAAAAUUUAAGCAGAUGCUGUGGGCCUACACUUACUGUCCCGUGGCGUACCGAUGGAAGGAUCUUGGCUUGAGGUUCUGGCCGAGGUGGAUCAAGGAAGGUUCGUGCCUGACCCUCGGUUCUUGUUCCUUUCCAAGCGGUAUGUCCUGCAAGCCGCACCGGUUCGUGAGGAAGACGGUCCUCCGGUGGCACUGUCAGGACUGGAACAAAAAGAAACACUGCAAGUGGAUACCAGUCAAUAUCCCCAUCAUAACCGAGUGCAGUUGCAGUUGUUGAGGUGCCGAUUUCUCUCCUUUAGUUACUAUUGUUCAGUGUAGGUAGGAAAAGCAACAUAUGUGAUUUUUUUAUUGUGGUUUGGUGAAUUCCUCACACAGAAGCGGCGCUGGUUGUGCAUUCUCAGGAUUCCAAAGACGUUUGUCUUGCAAGCGGACGUUUUUGAAUUAGUCAUCCGAAAUCUCAUCUCAACUGCGAGCACUUCCACAGAAUCUUCCCCUCCCCUUUUCUCGUCACACUCACGGACAAUUAGCUGUGGCAUUCUGAAGCAGCAGCAUUCUUGCUCCAAGUUUGCAACUGCAUUUAAAGGACAGCUGGUAUGCUUUUGAUGCCUGCAAAAGACGAAUCGAAAUGUCCUCGUAGAUAAACAGGAUAUAUCCUUGAAACUGCAGGCAGAUUGCAUGUUUUUGGUUAACUAUUCGGAACAGCAUAAAACAAAACUUGUGUUUUGAAAUGUUCUUUAUACCUGUGAUAGAAGUCAUUCGAUGUCUAUGAUCGAUUGUUGAUUAAUUUAUACUCUUUAUGUUCUAAGGAUUUGUAAAAAAAUAUUUUUGUUACUUAUGUUUAUUUACUUUUUACUGAUUUUUCAUGCCUAGUGAGUAAAAUUCUACUAUGGUUUGGAAAUCGGUAAGCAUGUAAUUAUUUUUAAUUCGUUUGUAAAUUUGGAAUUUAUUUAAAUUUUUCGUUUUUUUUCUUUUUGUUUUAAGGGAACGUGAAGUACGAAUUCAUUUGUUGUAAAUUUUAUUGUACAUACAUUCAUACUCAUUGUGUUUCUCCCGGUCCCUAUGUGCUUUUAUUUUUAAAACAUCGAAAAUGUGGCACAUAUUUCCUAUUCUUGUGCUUAAUAUUUAUUGUCUUUCUAAAUGUUAGAUAUUCUGCGUGUUAGUACAAAUUAUUAUGAAUGUUGCCAAAUACAUAUUUGUAGUCUUAAACAUAGUGUAAUAUAAUAAGUACAAAAAAAAAAAAAAUGUUUGUGUUUUAAGUAAAAAUUUGAACGGAGGUAAAAAUUUUUGAAGUUUCCUUACUAAAUAUCUGUAUCUAAAUAUUGUUAUAUCCGAUUUAAUUAGCUGCAUUAAUGCUUCUACAGGAAGAUUUAAUUACCACAUAGUAUGAAUUGAAUUGUGCUUUAUUGGAAAUAUUGUGUGCUUACGAGAUUGUAUAAAUUAGUUGUAUUGAUGUAACAAGUUAUUCUAGUCUUAUUUGUACAGAAAUAUAGAUUAUAAUUAGUCUACAAAAUUUGAUAUAAAAUAUUACCAAAACAAAUUACAAAUAAGUAAUAGAUUUUUAAAAAAAUAAGAUAAUAGUUUUGAAGCUUUAUUUCAAGUCGUUCUAUUAUCAAAAUAAGUUUGGAAUCAUUUUGCACAAGUGACGUUUAUUUUGAAACAAAAGAAGUCUAAAAUUAAAUU